AUGAUUGCUGAUAUGUCGUCACAAUAUGUUACAAGUAGUGUAGCUGGGCGCCCAUUUCAAUGUGCCGAUUGUUCUGCCGCAGAUCCUCAAUGGGCUUCCUUAAACAGAGGCGUUCUUAUUUGUUCGGAAUGCUGUUACAUCCACAGAAAUCUUGGUCGUCAUAUCAGCCAUGUUCGUUCAAUCAAAAAAGGAGCUUGGAAUAGUAGUCAGCUAGAAUUGAUGUAUGUUUUAUAUUCUAAUGGUUCAAAUAAUAUUUGGGAACAUUCGCUUCUCGAUCCUCAGUCUACCAAUAAAAUUCGAAGAAAACCGACACCUCAUGACCCUGUUCUCCCCAUUAAAGAAAACUUUAUCAAAGCAAAAUAUGCACAAAUGGCUUUCGCUCUGCGUCCAGCAAAAGAUGAUAAUUGUAUUAGUCAAGAUGAUUUAAAUCGCCAGCUUUGGUCUUGUGUAAGGACUUCUCAUGUGGAAACAACUAUGAGGUUAUUAGCAUUGGGUGCUGAUCCGAAUUACACAGAUCCCGAAAAGCAUAAUACACCCCUCCAUGUUUCAGCCAAAGAAAAUCAAGCUUUGCAGGUUGAAUUACUUUGGAUUUAUGGAGCUGAUCCUGCACAGUUGAAUGCCAUAGACUUGACUCCUUCUCAAGUGGCAAAGCUUGAAAAUCAUAUCGAACUCGCUGCAAGACUGGAACAACUCCAGUUUGAAGUUACCAACCGUUUGACAAUGUUUUUAUGUGGACGACGACCAGAUCACUCUAAGCAACAGUAUUUUUUGAUUCCAGAGUUGGCAGGACAGUACACUGAAAAUGUGCAAAUGAAAUCAGCUCGACGACGUCUUCGUUCUCUUCCUUCGUAUUACUUUGAACGUUUUGUUCAAGAUGUUUAUGAUGAGGUAGAUCGCCGAGAAACAGUAACGGCUUGGAAUGCUGUCAUUCAAGGAAUCCAGCCCUUCUCUCUAGGAAAUGAUCACUGUGUCGCUGUUUUUUUGCCGCCCAAUCCUGAAUUAUCAGCUACACGUAAUCAGCUCCGCCAAAAACUCGCAAAAUGUGAUGUGCGAGGAUUUGCAACAUUAAUCAUAGAUAUUCUCAGUGAAGCUAAACGAAGAUAUUACGGCUUGCCACUAAAAAAUGAUACAGAUGAUUCUGCCGAAAAUCUAUUGAAAAAAACUUCAGAUAGUAUGGACCGUUUGAAUAUCAGUUCCAUGGGUACUUCCGAAUAUUUUACGUCAUUUAGUGAACAAGAUUAUAGAGACUAUGACGAGGUUGCUGACAGCUUGCAGAAUGGAAAGUGGCGUACUUCAGGAAGUACUAGGAAAUCAUCAGAAAGAAAAAGCGAUGAUAGUGGUGACCUAUUGCAAGAGACGGGUCCUGUCAUGAUUGACGAUUUUUUGGAGCUCAAAGAAAAAUUAGCGAAUACCGAAGGCACGCUCGCUGCUGUUCAGCAAACAAACACACAGAUUUUAAGAAUGCUGACGCAUUUGCAGUCUAAUAUUGAUCGUUUAAAUGCGGAUAAUGCAGAUGUACACGACCAGCUUAAAAAAGUGAAAACCACUUGUUCGCAGGCAGUGGGUAGACGGCGUUCAUCUCAAUCUCCAGCUCUCUCUCCCGGAACCUCAGUCUCAACUUCCGUUCUAGGCAGUAAGAAUAUAACUUCAACUUACCAUGCAUCUACUGAAAAAUCAGUCACUGCAUCACAAAAUCCUGAUAUGCAUGGUGCUUUUGGUCGUGCCAGUCGUCGCCAUGGCUUAACGUCCUUAAUGAAUACUACUGGCAGAACAAUAGCACAGCACCGUUCGUUUUCACUAAGGCAGGGCACGGUGCAACAAACAGAAUACAGUAGUGGAGUUGAAGGUUUAGAUCCACAUUUUGGAAUUUCAUGUUGUGAGAAGACUGAUUUAUUAAAUGCUGUUGACGAAAGAACUGAAGAAGAAAGAAUGCGGAGUUCGUAUCGUAGUAUUGGUGCAUUUACCGACAAUUUAAUAGCAGAAACAGAACAGCUAACACAUGCGAUUAAGCUACUGUUAACGGAUGCACAAUAUGGACAGUUGCAGGCGCGUGCACCGGAUCACGCUUAUUCAGUUGCUAUACUGAUAAGUCGUAUUUUAACCAUUAUUCCGGAGGAACGGCGUACUCCUGCAGUUGAAACGUGCUUGCAGAGAAUGUCUGAUUCAACAGUUAUUUUAUCUGCCAAGUGUAAUGCACCAACGUUCAGCGUAAAUGAUACAUGUGCUGCUGCAUUCGCUGUCGCUAAUUCCGCAAAACAACUAUUAGUGAACGUUCAUCAAUUCUAA